UCACUCUACUCAGUUUAGGGCAAAGCUCAUUUAUCAGGACAUAGUAAUGUUGAGCUACACAUUUAACACCUGAGCACAUCUGAUUGUUUUAUUAAUGAUUUUUAUCUACAUCAUUUAUUCUUUAUUCAGACUGAGUAGCUGCAGUUUGUCAGAGAUCAGCUGUGUUUCUCUGGCCUCAGCUCUGAAGUCCAACCCCUCCCAUCUGAGAGAGCUGGAGCUGAGCUUCAACAGCCUGCAGGAUUCAGGAGUGAAGCAGCUGUGUGAUCUGAAGGAGAGUCCACACUGUAAACUGGAGACUCUGAGACUGAGGGACUGCAGUUUGUCAGAGAUCAGCUGUGUUUAUCUGGCCUCAGCUCUGAAGUCCAACCCCUCCCAUCUGAGAGAGCUGGACCUGAGCUUCAACAAGCUGCAGGAUUCAGAUGUGAAGCUGCUGUGUGAUCUGAAGGGGAGUCCACACUGUAAACUGGAGACUCUGAGCUGGGAGUAAACUGCAGUUUGAUAAACAGGACGGUGGAUGUGUUGAGAGGAUCAGCUGUGUCCUGAUGAUCCAGAGGGAGACUCUGACUGGACCAUGUUACUGGGAGGUAGAGUGGAGAGGAGAGCUUCAUCCAGCAGUGACUGACAGGAAUCACAGGUGGUGAUGACUCUCAGUGCUGCAGCCUGAACUGCUCUGAGAUCAGCUCCACUGUCAGACACAAUGUGAAGUCCACCAUCAUCCCUGUGUGUUCCUCUGGAUCUGACAGUAUCAUCAUCAGUGUAUCAAUGACUGCUCUGUCCUCCUACACUGAAACUCCUCCACUCCUUCUGCUCUGCACUCAACCACCUCCUCCACCCUCCACCUGGACCUCACCUGAAUCUGAGUGCAGAUUUUUACUGUUAAUGACGACAUGGGGUCGAACUGGGAACAAAAUUCGGCCCUGGCAAUUUUUCACAUUUUACAGUUGUUGUCCUUUGUCCGUUUCAUUUGUAUUUCAGACUCAACUCUGCUCUUUCUGUCUUUAUUUCAUUUGUUUCUUUCUGCUUGACCUCUGACACCACAUGGACAGAACCACUUGAAGGGGUGGGGGGAGAUGAAGAAAGUCUGUACCAGGACGACUGUGAUUGGUUUAAAGAAGCAAAAGCAAUCCGCAGUGUUUUCCUCCCAUAUAUAUAUACUGUAUAUAUCAGAAACAUAAUAGAUGAUUGCAGCCCUUUCUCUGGUGCUGACACAGCGCUGUGGAGAUAGAUCUGGCUCUGUGAGACUGCCACACUGUGGAAAGAUGGAGAACUGAUGUUCAUUUUCUUGUUCUCCUGUAUCUCAGAGGUUGAUGUCAGAGCGCACAAGUAUGCAUGUACGUUUAAUCAUUCUCAUCAGAGUCAGAUUAUAUUUCUGUCUUCUUUGUUCUUCUGUAUGUUCAGGUUAUUUCAUAUCAAUCAUUAUAUUCUGUAACUGACUGCAGCAGAAACCAGUGUGUUGACACAAUAAAUCAAUGAGUGGGGGCUGUAAUAAAAUCUCAGAGCCUCCACCUGCAUGAAAUUGUAAGUGAAAUGCUUCUUUGUUAUGUCAUCAAGAAAAAUGAUGAAUAACAAUGUUUUUAUUAUUCCACGUUUCUCAGUUGAUUCAAUCCAAAGGACUCUGAAGACUUGCUAGUUUAGGCCACAAUAAAGAAGGGAGGGCCACACAGAAAGCUUAAGUUCUCAUGCACUGUUUGAACAUGUACUGAAAAUUAAUGCACCACAAUUUGAUUUUGGUGGUAGAUGUAUCAAAAAACACAAGACUAUUCAACACAUGACUUUCUCUUAAGAGAGUGGUGUUUGGUACUUUGUGAAACCAAGGCAGCUUUGAGUUAUUUUAAGGUAUAUUGAUGCCAUGUUUUUGUUUUGUUUCUUCCUUAACCUAGACACAUCAACUUUACCUGCCUUAACCUAACCUAUGUAACUUUCUUUAUGUACAUAAUGUCAUCUGCGAGUUGCUGUGCUCUUGAGAUAUCAAGGUGGCACCAUUGUCACAUCUUUAAAAAACACAAUAUGUUAAGCUCUGAAAGUUUCAGAAUCUGUUCCAACUUAAAGCUUAUUUUGAAAUGCCUCCAUGAACAUGCUCCCUCUCUGCUUCAUGAAUUUGACACAAGACACCAGCACACCAGCAGAGUCAACACAACGGCUUCAACAAACGCUAACUGUUGCAUUGCAUUACAUUUGGACAAUCAGUCUUU